AUUACCACAACUUUUAAGGACCCCCGGAGUAUAUUUUAGAUAAUGUGGGACUUGAGAGGUCAUACUAGAAAAUUAAGGGUACCCCGGAGUAUAUUUAAGAUAAUAUGGGACCUGAGAGUUAUUACCAGAAAAUCGAGGGUACCCCGGAAUAAUUUUCUGAUUAAUAUGCAGAGUAUAUUCCCACUCGAUGGUUUGAGGGAACCCAUUUCGGAGGCCGACUUGGACUCAUUUGUAAACCCCAACUUGGGUGUCUACUGCAUGUCCGCAUUUGAAAAUUGUAUAAGCCUAAGAGGCACGGAAGACCCAAAGAAGCGGAAGUACCGAACUACGGAACUACCGAAGAACGCACGACAGACGCAGACCGCAGAGUGAAUUCACAAAGCUACAGAAGCCUGCCAGACGACGCCGGCCGACCCUUCAAGCUCCAGCCUCCAGUAUUCCUUAUUUCCAUAUUCAUAGCUUUCCAGUU